ACACAAACACACACGCACACGCUGCCGGCGACCGAGCCGCUGAAUGCCGAUAAAAUAAAACGAUUUACCCGGGCGCACACUCGGCGAAUACUCCGCGAACGACUGUCGGACGAUCAACAUCUAAGCAGUGCGCGUCACGUCAUUCACGAUUUUACGAUAAUUAUUUUAACGAAUUUAAUCGCAUAACAUCGGACGCCGUGAAUAUUAAAAUACGUCUUGAACCGUCGUUUUGCAUUGCGUUUCGUGAUCAUCGCUAAUAUUGCACCCGAACACACUACAUAAUACGCGGUUCCGUUUGCCUUGAAGCAGAAGCUUUACGGGACGACCGACAACACCUAGCUUUUCGUCGCCGUUAAACCCGUAAUUCGUUUGUAGGAUUCGCGAUGGACAACAUUUCGGUUUCGUCGGGGUCCUCGUCCGCUGACGGCGACGAACUGUCGGCCGUGCUCAACCGCCGGCAGAAGAUCAACGAGGCGCUGGAAGACGGUAAACCAGUGCCGCCUCAGUUCAACAGGCGACCGUCCACAAAAAAUGUGUACCUGGAGUUCAAAGAAUUCUCGCGCAAGCAGAUCAACGAAUACGAGGCGACGUUCAAAAAAUUCGAUACCGGUAAAGAUGGAUACUUAGACUUGGGAGAGUUGAAACGGAUGAUGGAAAAGCUGGGUGUUCCUCAAACUCACCUGGCACUCAAAGCCAUGAUCAAGGAAGUGGACGAAGACGGUGACGAUAAGAUAAGUUUUCGAGAAUUUUUGCUGAUCUACCGCAAAGCGUACGACGGUUCGUUGCCCCUGGACUGCGGCCUCAACGAGCUGGCUCGACUGACGGAAAUCAACGUUGACGAAGUCGGCGUGAUCGGCGCCAAAGAGUUUUUCGAGGCCAAGAUCGAGUAUCAAGGCAUAGCGAACCGGUUCGAGUACGAACUACGACAGGAAAUAGAAGAGAAAAAACGAUCAGAGGACGAGAUGUCCAAGCGUAAAAUUGCGUUCAAGGAGAAGACUGCCAUUUUUCAAUAACUCCUUCGGGAAAACCAUUUCUCCCCCUCCCCCAAUUUAAUUUCCUAUUUAACUACCCUCACGGCGACGAUUGUGUAUAAUACCUAACCUAUAUAUUAUUAUUGUGUAUAAUAUAUUUUUGAUGUUAAGGUUUAACCUUAAAUAUUAA